AUGGCCGAGCAGUCUGGAAAAGCCAACAAAACGGUCGAAUGUCCCAUAAAACGCACCAAAUUAUCCAAAUUGACGGCAAUAACGUUCCUCUUGCGUUCUACUCCUCUCUCGGAAGACUUGAAACGGCAUCAGAUCCCUGAAAAAUGUAGAAAAAUGGCCGAGCAGUCUGGAAAAGCCAACAAAACGGUCGAAUGUCCCAUAAAACGCACCAAAUUAUCCAAAUUGACGGCAAUAACAUUCCUCUUGCGUUCUACCCCUCUCUCGGAAGACUUGAAACGGCAUCAGAUCCCUGAAAAAUGUAAAAAAAUGGCCGAGCAGUCUGGAAAAACCAAGAAAAAAGUCGAAUGUCCCAUAAAACACACCAAAUUAUCCAAAUUUACGGCAUUAACAUUCCUCUUGCUUUCUACCGCUCUCUCGGAAGACUUGAAACGGCAUCAGAUCCCUGAAAAAUGUAGAAAAAUGGCCGAGCAGUCUGGAAAAGCCAACAAAACGGUCGAAUGUCCCAUAAAACGCACCAAAUUAUCCAAAUUGACGGCAAUAACAUUCCUCUUGCGUUCUACCGCUCUCUCGGAAGACUUGAAACGGCAUCAGAUCCCUGAAAAAUGUAGAAAAAUGGUUAGAAAUAGGGCAGUCUGGAAGAAGGAUGAAUACGGUCCAAUGUACCACGAAACACACCAAAUUAUCCAAAUUUACGGCAAUUACAUUCCCCCUGGAAGGCUGGAAGGCUUCAGCAUUCCUAAAAAUACAGAAAAAUCGUAA